CUGGCCAAUCAUGUCUGUGGAACAUUGUUGUCGUAGUGGAUUGUGAUUGGCUGUUAACGCUGUAUAUUACUUGUGCGCUUCCUUAUGUAGCUCUCUUUCUUUCACGCGUCCUUGGUAAGAGAAAAUCUUGUCUUUAAACCAGCUGUUUAAGCGAUCCUUCGAAGCACUGCAAAGAUGCCGAGGGAAGACAGGACCACGUGGAAGUCCAACUAUUUUAUGAAAAUCAUCCAAUUGCUGGAUGACUAUCCCAAAUGUUUCAUUGUCGGCGCCGACAAUGUGGGCUCCAAGCAGAUGCAGGCCAUCCGUCUGUCCUUGCGUGGGAAGGCUGUGGUGCUCAUGGGUAAAAACACCAUGAUGCGCAAAGCCAUCCGCGGCCACCUGGAGAACAACCCCGCCCUGGAGAAGUUGCUGCCUCACAUCAAAGGAAAUGUGGGCUUUGUCUUCACCAAGGAGGACCUGGCUGAGAUCAGGGACAUGCUGCUGGCCAACAAGGUGCCAGCUGCUGCCCGUGCCGGUGCUAUUGCCCCCUGUGACGUGACUGUGCCAGCCCAGAACACUGGGCUGGGUCCUGAGAAGACUUCCUUCUUCCAGGCCCUGGGCAUCACCACCAAGAUCUCCAGAGGAACUAUUGAAAUAUUGAGCGACGUGAUGCUCAUCAAGCCUGGAGACAAGGUGGGAGCCAGCGAGGCCACGCUCCUCAACAUGUUGAACAUCUCUCCCUUCUCCUUCGGUCUGCUCAUCCAGCAGGUGUAUGACAACGGUAGUGUCUACAGCCCUGAGGUGCUCGACAUUACUGAGGAUGCUCUGCACGCCAGGUUCCUGGAGGGUGUUCGUAACAUAGCCAGUGUGUGUCUGGAGAUCGGAUACCCCACUCUGGCCUCUGUCCCUCACACCAUCAUCAACGGAUACAAGAGGGUCCUGGCAGUCGCUGUGGAGACUGACUACUCCUUCCCCCUGGCAGACAAGGUGAAGGCCUACCUGGCUGACCCCACUGCCUUCGCUGUAGCUGCUCCUGUGGCUGCGGCAGUGACUGCUGCUGCCCCAGCCGCUGCUAAAGAAGAGGCCAAGGAGGAGUCUGAGGAGGGCUCGGACGACGACAUGGGCUUUGGCCUGUUUGAUUAGAUGGCAGUAAACUCCACUCCUAUGGUUGCUGACCGAAUUCAAGAAGAUCAUUGAAUUUUAAAUAAAAUCUAGAAAAUGAAUUCAUGUUUGCAUGUUUUACCAAUGUUGCUAAAUGUAUAGUCUGGUUCUUGGGCCACAACCUGAUUGGUGUGGCUGGCACACCUGGAUGAGAAGGUUCUUGUAAGUCUGACACCAUGUAUUGUAAAAACCUGUAGUCGUGAACUAGCUGCUUAGCUAUUUAGUCUUGUGGACUUGACUGGAGGAUGUCAAUGUUCCCAAUAGAUCUAUAUGGGUACAGAAAUAAAAACCUGUAGUACCCGUG